GAAACCUUAGUGUUGUUAUUGUAUAUUAAAACUUUUUGUUUGUUUUUUUGUUUGUGUGCACACAUAUUGACAACAAUUUAGUUUUGUUUAAACUUUAAACAUAACAUUACUUUCGACGAAACCCUUCAUAAUAUCAUUGGAUAAGUCAUUGAUGUCACCGCCGGCGGCGGUGUCGUUGUCGACGACGAGGACAACAAUGCAUUCGCGACGGCAGACCUUUUGUUACCGAUAUUUGUCACGUUUUGUCGGUAUUAGCGGCGAAACAAUUGACUGUUUAGUCGAAAAUGGUUUCGAUUCGGUGCACACAUUGCGGGCGAUAGAUAUGGACAAUGACUGGCAUCUAAUGCCGACACAGAUAUCGAUUGGUCAGAAAAUAUUAUUACGUAAAGCGUUAGCUAAACUUGAAAACUCUACCGACGAUGACUUUUACGGUGACAACAAACAAGAAGUUAGUCCGAAACGAUCGGUAUCUAACAGUCGGGUUUUCAUCAAUUUGGACCAUCAGAUGGAUGACAACCCAUUAGAAAAUGUUUCGGAUAACAAUCAAAAGCCGUCGGAUAAGGAUAUUAAUGUUGAGAACAGUAGUGUGAAACCAAUUGUUAGUGACUUUGAGUUGAAAAGACUUGCAUUGAAUACACAACUCGUUGUAGUUAUAAGUCCACUAAAAAUGCCGAUCAAUGAAUCAAAGACUGUUGUCUGCAAUAGUAGUCUAAAUAAUAAUAACAAUAAUAAUAAUAAUAAUAACAAUAACAAUAAUAACCGGUGUUUUAAAUGUGAUGAAUGCAACAGAUUUUUCUAUUCAGUGACAACACUUGAAAUUCAUGUAAAUAAAUAUCAUCUAAAAUGCCGACCAUUCAGAUGUAAUAAAUGCCGAAAAAGUUUCUUCGCUAACAAAUCACUAUUCAAUCAUUUGGCACAAAAACAUGGAUUUAAAUCGUUUGCUUGCGAUGACUGUCCAUAUAUGGGUCGUACAAAAUGGCAUCUCAUCCGACAUAAACAGAUUCAUUCAGACAAUCAACAAUUUCUAUGCAAUUAUAAUGACUGCAACAAGUCGUUCAAACGACAACAUUAUCUGCGACGACACCAGAAAAGUAUUCACAAUUGGAUUGAUCGGCCAUUUGUCUGCAUUUAUAACGAUUGUUAUCAGUCUUUCAAUCGUAAAGAUCUACUGCAUCGACAUAAUAGAGAGUUUCAUCACUCAAUUGAUCGACCAAUUUGUCUGAAAUUAUGAUGACUGCGACCAAUCAAAAGCAUUCAACAGCAAAGAUCAGUUGAUUGAUGAUAAAGAAAUUGUUUGGUAUUUUUUAAAGUCCAAAAUAAAAGUCCUAAUUGUUUGACGUGAAUGAAGUGAAUGUCAACCCAUCCAUCAUAAAAGUUUAGGUCAAACUUACAAAUAAGGCUCCGAUUCAUUGACACAUAACUCCUAACAACAACAAAGUAUCUGUCCAUCACUUAACAACUGUUUCUCACUUUUUCAUUG